GCAGACACGCCUUCUUCUCACACAAACCUUCCCGAUCCGAGGCGCCUCGGCGGGCUCCGGGGGUGGCGCUGCCGCCGGCCCAGCCUCCCUCCCGCAGCCCGGGCUGCGCUGCACCCAUCGGAGCCACAGGUUGGAGCCAGAGAAGGAGCCGUGCCCAUGACGGUCACCUGGUGAAGCAGAUCGCGGUGGUCGCGGCUGCUGCAGCCCCGUUUGCGGGACCGGGAAGGGCAGGAGAGGUCCUGAAACCCGACACCAGCCCUCCCCGCGCGGAAACUUCGCAGGCUGGCCCACUUAGAUCUUCACUAUGACCGAUGGGGACUAUGAUUAUCUGAUCAAACUCCUGGCCCUUGGAGAUUCAGGGGUUGGGAAGACAACAUUUCUUUACAGAUACACAGACAACAAAUUCAAUCCCAAAUUCAUCACUACAGUAGGAAUAGAUUUUCGGGAAAAACGUGUGGUUUAUAAUACACAAGGGCCGAAUGGAUCUUCAGGGAAAGCAUUUAAAGUGCAUCUUCAGCUUUGGGACACAGCAGGCCAAGAGCGGUUCCGGAGCCUCACCACUGCGUUUUUCAGAGACGCCAUGGGCUUCUUGUUAAUGUUUGACCUCACCAGUCAACAGAGCUUCUUAAAUGUCAGAAACUGGAUGAGCCAACUGCAAGCAAAUGCUUACUGUGAAAAUCCAGACAUAGUAUUAAUUGGCAACAAGGCAGACCUGCCAGACCAGAGGGAAGUCAAUGAACGACAAGCCCGGGAAUUAGCUGAAAAAUAUGGCAUACCAUAUUUUGAAACAAGUGCAGCUACUGGACAGAAUGUAGAGAAGUCUGUGGAAACCCUUCUGGACUUAAUAAUGAAACGAAUGGAACAGUGUGUGGAGAAGACACAGGUCCCUGAUGUUGUCAAUGGUGGAAAUUCUGGAAAGCUAGAUGGGGAGAAGCCAGCAGAGAAGAAAUGUGCCUGCUAGACCCUCCAUAGGAGCUUAUCAUGAAGAAACCAUCCAAAUAUUACUUCUGAAAGCAGUGACAGACCACAAAUUGUUGUUGAGUAGACCAUGCACAAUAGAAUGCUUUUCUUUUCCAUUCAGAAAAUCUAUUUUAAGAAACCAGGAUAGUUAAAAGUGUUCAAAAGAACUGACCAGCUAUUCUUGAAUCCCUUCCAAACAAAAUCUAAGAUUUCCUAAGGUGACCUGACCAUCCUGGAGGCUCAAUUUUUUAUAUAAAAUAUAUAGUCUAUAAGAGCAUAUAUAAGGAAUAAACAUCCCUGAGUUUUAAAAGAGAGAGGAAACAUUACUUUGUCACAUUGAAGAAAGGAAUAGGCUACUAGUAAGAGAAUACAGAUUUUUUAAAAUUUGAAUUUAUUUAUAUAAAAUAUGAUUCAUGCUUCUACAUUUCCACUGGGGAAAACAUAUUAUCUAAAAUUGGCUAUGCUAUGAAGAAUUCUAUGUGAUUCAUUGAGAACGAUCUCACUGUAUGUACCCACGAAGCUGAACCUGAAUAACCAUUACUGAUAAGGUUAUGAGUGGGUGAAUGUCAGAACUUUGCUGAAAGAAGGAGAUUGUAUAGUAAUAUGAUUUUUAUAGUCCUAAUAAAUGGCAAGUAGACAAGAACAGGACUGUGAGUGACACAGUACACGAGAAAUAUCCUGAAGGAAAAAAUAAAAGUAUAGGAAUGUGGCAUUUGUACAGCUAAAAUUAAAUGGAUCUUUUACAGAUGUUUUGAAGAACUUAGUCAAAUUUCAUUCAAGCCCAUUAGAUGCUGACAUGGUCAGUUGGGCUUAAAAGGAGAUCUAAAGGUUUCCAUUUCCAGCAGAAUUUUAUUUUUCAUAGCAAAUGUGAUAAAUAGUCACAAAGACAAAUAAACUACUGCCAUAUAUUAAAUAUCACUUUUCAAAUGUAGGCAAGAAAACUUAUUCAACCUAAACUUUAUAGGUAAAAUAUGCUGUUGAUAUAAAAUAAAAGUGACUGUUAAUUAUGAGUUUCCUUUUAGUUUACAAAAGCCCUAGAAAAUCUCAUUCAUGUUUUUCCCUCCAACCUUCGUUUACCUCUGACUUUGAGUCAAUUGCAAAAUUGUUCAAUGUGUCACUUUUUAGAUCAACAUCCUCAGUAAUGAUGGAUCUGUUCUAGGGUCACACUGAAUUUUCAUCUCAUUAAUCCUAUAAAAAUCGAUGAUACUGCAUUCUUUCUUACAAUAUGUUUUUAUUCUGUCUAAGUAAAAAAAAAAAUCUUUAGCUGAGCUAUGUUUUAGGGUUGGGAUGAAGCUGUAUCUUAUCUCACCAAAAAUGUGAUCAGUUGCUUUAUAUAUUUUUUUACAUAAAUCUGCCUUUUCUGUCUAAAAAUUAUCACAAAGGUGUUUUCUACUGAUCAUUUCUUACAACUGUGUACACUAAUAGCACAUUAGUUUUUGAUCUUAUUUUCUGAUACACUCAAGCUAUUCUUGUUAUUUAUGUAUGAAUAAUAUAUUAGUCACUAUUAUUAGUUAAAAGACAACUACUCCAUGUUGUUUUUCUUUUUACUGUGAGUAUAUAAUUUUUUUGGCAGGAUAAUUCAUUUUCUUAUACAAUUUUUCCAACUAAACCCAGGUUUUCCAUACUCUGUAUAUUUACUUUGUUAAAUUUAUGAACAUUAAAGGCCUUAAAAUCCCAGUUUCCUCUUCAAACUGUCUUACAAUCCUCCAUCUGCUAUUGAAUGUUUCAGAAACACAAAGAGAUCCAGGAUAAUAACUACUUUUGUUUUUAGGAUGAACUACACCCAGACUUGGGCCACAAAACAAAACAAUUAGAAGCUACUCUGAGAAUGGUUCCCAGUGUAAUUUUCAGUGUUAACUAAGCCUGUGCUUUCUUUAACACUGUGCCUCCCUCUAAGUUUGACCAUGGUUUGGUAUUUUUUUCCAGUGGUGUUCUUCUCUGGAAUUCUCUUCAUAAACUCACUGCCUGCACCAUGAAGACAGAAAGCUACUAUCUAGAUAAUUAAGAUAUUUCUUCUAGCUGGAAAGUUGGGAGAAACCAUGUUACCAUUGAUAUCAUAAAAUUUGGUGAAUUUAUAUAAUCAUUAUGUGUUUCUUUUUGGGGAAUUCACAUUGUGAUAUUCCUGCAUUUCUGUAAUACAGAAUGCUUGGCUUUUAGAAAAUGCUAAAGAUAGUCUUGUUGGGUAUUUCUUUCAUUUACUAUUCAUUUUCCAGUUGUGUGAUUGAUAUAAUGUGCCAAGAUUCUGUCAUUGUCAAUUAUCUUAUGAGUAUUUUUGCAGGAUUUAUUUUAAGAUUGUUAUUUGAUAGCUGGAGCAUGAAGCAUAGGGUAAUGAUGCCCAUAAUUAUAGAAUUUUGCCAGUAAAAAUAACAAUUAUUGGGUAAUAAUUUCAAAAACAAUGAAAUUUAAAACUGACAAGAAAAUUAAAAUAUUCUGUUUUUUUAUUAAUUUUUUUUUUUGGUAGCAGGAAUCAAACUCACAACCUCACACUUGCCAGGUAGGGACAGUGCUACUGAGACAUAUCCCUGGCCUUAAAAUAUUCUAUUUUUAAGUGAAUACUUGAUCUAAAAAUAGUUUUUCUGUAAAAUUUGACAUGUAACCCCAAAAUCUAGGUAGCUAUUAUUAGAAAAUCCUUCUUUCAUUAUUUCAGGGUCAAUAAUAGCUCUAUAAAAUUCAUUUCCAGUUUCAAAUUUAUCUGGUGCCAUGAAUGUACAAAUUGCUUUAAAUAAUUGCAUGUUCCUUUUACCCACAACAGUAUAUAUUUUUAUUCAAAAUGUGUCUUGUUAUUAAUAAUUUCCAAAUGCUUCAGUAAAUCAUAUUGUAUUUUGAAGAAAAGUUUAAAAUUACACCAAACCCUUGCUGAUAUAGAACUUAUUUCUAGAGUGUUUACACUGGUUUGAUGUUUACCUCAUUCUAAUUCAGUGCCUCAAAUACUUCUGUGACCAAAUUUAUCUCCAGCCCAGCUCAUUUGCUCUAAUCUCAUUUUAGGAAGGCCCUCCUGAGACUCUAGCACAGCUAAAAGUCUUCUCUGAGAUCUUCAGCAAAAAAUGUGGAGACUUUAUUGAGAUCUAGAGAUUGUUACCACCUUCUCUUCAUUUCCUAGCUUACUUCUCAUGGAGUGGGAAUUACUUGAGACUCCUAUUUGUGAUUAGAUACAAGGAUCUUUUCAUGUAAAAGCAGAAAGCCCUCAAAAAAUGUAUCGAAUGUAUUCAAGAGAAGAUAAUAUUUGUCUUGAUCUGAUGAUGGUUACAAGUCACAGAUUAAAGAAAAUACUGAAUGUUGGGAGUUGAAUUUGUAUAUCCAUUAAGAAUUUUAAAACUCCUGUAAGUUACCACUCUAACCAAUUAUCUCUCAUUUACAUAUUAUCAGCUAUCACACUACAAACAAUUCAAGAGCAGCAUUUACUAACAUAUUUUAUCUGUUAUACUUUACCAAGCGAACAGUUCUGUGCAUCAUUGUCAUGCUUCUGCUUUACUUGUUUGCCAAUUUAUACAGCUAGCAAGAACUGGACAAGGGUAUUAAUUAAUGCUUUCUUGUUCCCUGUAGAAGAAAUAGAAGCUUGACUAUAGAUAAAGACAUGACUAUAUUUUAAAAAAAAAACAGCCACAACUUGAGUUGAUUCAAACUGUAAAUUGAGUCUGUUAUAACAAAUUUGAUGAAUCCUAUAUUACCUUCAACAUUAGAAUAAUACAAAAGUUAGAAACCAAUAUUAUGCCCUGGACACAGUAGAUACAAAAGCAUAGUCAAUAAUGUGCAGCACUUGUGCCUGUGAAAUAAGAUCAUUCGAUGUUCUAAAUCUCUGUUCAUUUUAAAACAGAUAUAUAUAUGCUUUCCUUAAUGUGUAUCACACAUAAAUUUGAAAAAAAAAGCCAUCAUCCAUAAAGAAUUUUAAAUUUAUCUUAUAAAAUUCAAAUUAUAAAAAUUUUAUUCUAAUCUCUUAUUUCCUACUAUAUGCACUAUCUUUUUUAAUGGAGGUCUGAUAGCUGAUGUUGGCCACGGUGAUAUGAGUGGCCUUUUGGCUGCUACCACCAAGCUCUACAGCAUUAUCUAGUGUUUGUAUAUUUUAGAGGAAUAUUUAUCAUUUUAAUGAUGUCAAGAUGCUAUCCAUAUUUGAAAGGUUGUCUAAGAAUUUUCCACAAGCUGUAUUUUCUUGGUCUUUGACCAAGGUGAUACCUGCGUGCUUCUUGGGAGAAUGUUGAUCUUAUAAACAUAAAAAUAGAUACAGAAUGUUACCUUAUAUGAAUGUUGUCUCAUUGCUUUAUAAAUCUCUGAGACUGCUUGUCUCAUAAUGUUGAAAUGAUAAAUUAUUGGAUGCAUUAAAGAUUUUAUGAAAUUAUUGCUUUCAAAUUCUUGGGUGAAGGUCUAUCCACAAUGACGUGGCUGAUCAAAAAUGUGAAGAGAAAUAAGAGUUAAAAGUUGGUUGAAUUAUACUUUGCAGUAUUGGGGAAUAGGAAGAAAGUUAUUGGUUGAUUUUUAGAUACAAAUGAAGGAUUAGAGUGUUUACAACUAGAUCAAUGAAAACUAUUCAUCAUUUUAAUCUAAGAACUUGAGGUUAUAUCCUUAAUUUUAAGCUAAUAAAAUAUUUAAACACCAAAUAUUUCCAUUAUUGUCAUCAAAAAUUUGGAUAUUGAAAAACAUUUAAUUUGCUGUAUGUGAAUCCAAUAUUCUUGUAAAUUGUACUUGGGCUACAUUUUUAAAGAAAUAACACCUGAAGUAUGCUUUUCUGCAGAGUUCUUUAUACCAAUAGUCCAUUGUUAAGAUUUUUUUAACUUCAUGUAUAGAGAAAAGCAUUAACAAAACAUAAGUAAACCAAAACAUUAGUACCAAAAUAGUGGGACCAUUUAAAGAUAAUGUCAUCUUUGGAGAAAUAAUAUACAAAGAUAUUUUUUGAGUGCUUUAAAUUUGGUUUCCUGGUUCCUUUCCUUUCCAAGAGGUCUUGGAAACUAUAGCUAAUAUCUCUCAGAUGAGUUAAUCUUUAAGGCAUGUUAGCAGAUUCUGUAAAAACUAACACCUCUGAACUAGCACCCUUAUAUAACCAGUGAUUACUGCCUUUAUAUGUUGGCACAUUAAAACACUGUGUGCAAUCUAUGCUUAUUUUGGGGGAUGAACUUUCCAUAAAUUCUCUGAAAAAUGGCCUAGUGUUGUAGAAAGGAAGUGACCUUUGGGGCCAUAGUAUGUCAUUCAAUAAUUUAGUGGCUUUUCCUCAUUUGAGUUUAUAAAAUUUGAGUGCUUCAAAGGGUCUACAGUAGGCUCAAAGGAUAAUAUAUUUAAAAAUGGCUUAUAAAUUAUAUUCCACUUCGAAUUGACACUCAUCACAUACUAAUAGUGAAUUACAAAGUCAUAAUCUGGACUACUGUACGAACUAGAGCAGGAACAACACACUAAUUUCAAAGGUGCACUAGAAACUAGAGAUGGGCAGUCACCGUCAAGUCAUUGUAUUUGAUUGAAAAUGUUGACUGCAUCUCAACAUUGAGAAAAUAUGAUCUCUGUUUUAAUCUGUGUGUUAUCUUGUAUUUCUUUCAAAGAAAUCAAAUCAAUUAUAGAUAGUAUACUAUAACCUAGUCAAAAUUUUCUGUACAAAUGGGGCUUUUAUUUCUACUGCCUUGUAAAAGAUUCUGAUUGUAUUUGAAAGUAAAAAAAUAAUUAUGCUUUAAUAUGUUAAAAUAAGACAAUGUUCUGUUAAAAUAACACUGAAGUGCUUUACUGUAGCCCACUAGUUUACUUUUGAGUAACAUUAUUCUCAUUUCUAACCUAGGCAUGUUUUGUCUGUCUUCUGCACAGAUCUCUGUUUUGUCUAAUGCUUUGAAUGUAAUUUAAGACUUUGAACUUGGAGUUUUUAUUUUAUAUGCCCCUGAAUAGACUGUGGUUCCUAACAAUCACAGUUUGGUCAUUAUGAUGAUGUACCAAAGUUCUAGUGGCUUCAGAGAUUAUAGCAUCCAAUGAUUAUGUGGUGUGUGAGUUUGAAUACCAUGGUUGAGAAAUGUAUUCAGUGAUUCUGCAGUCUUUUCAAAUAAAAAUGCAUUUUUAUCAAUUA